CUUCCAUUUUCAGCACCAAACUAACAAAGGAGCUUUUGAUUACUCUUUAUAUUAUUAUCAAGAAAAUGUCAUUUUGGCCAAGGGAACAGCCAAGAGGAGGAAGGGCAGGAGAUGGCGGCCGCCAUUUCCAAGACCAAUGGGAACAUCAAGAAGGAAGGGGAAGGGGAAGGCCAGACCUUGGCUUCCAUUUCCAAACGCCAAACCCGUGGGAACAACAACCCCGCCCAACAACUCAAAGGGACCAACAUGCCACGGUUGUAGAUCCUAAGAAUAAUGAGACUAUUACGAUUAAGAUUCCGGUUGUGUCGUGGAAAGAGCUGCAGUACCCGUCUGGGAAGCUCGGUGCCAUUCCUAAACGGCCCGAGGUUAUUGAUGAACAAAAACAGAUGGAAUAUUUGAAAAAGAUCUUGAGUUCUAAGGUGUAUGAUGUCGCUUCUGAAUCCCCAUUGCACUUUGCACCUAAUUUAUCUAAAGGAACGGGAGUCAAUAUAUGGCUGAAGAGGGAAGAUACACACCCGGUGUAUUCGUUCAAGCUGAGAGGAGCUUAUAACAUGAUGUCACAGCUUUCAAAAAACGACUUAGAAAAAGGAGUAAUUUGUGCUUCAGCUGGAAAUCAUGCCCAAGGUGUUGCAUUGGCUGCUUCUAAAUUAAAAACUCAAUCCCUUACUGUUAUGCCUCGUUCAACCCCUCCAAAUAAGAUUGAGGCAGUUAAGAAAUUGGGAGGAAAUGUUGUUUUGUUUGGAGAUACUUUCGACGACGCACUUGAACAUGCUAAACAGGUGUGUAAAGAACAAAACCUUAAAAUAAUACCUCCAUUUGACAAUGAAGAUAUCAUUGUAGGCCAGGGCACAGUUGGAAUGGAAAUUGGACAUCAAAUGAGAGAACCAGUGGAUGCAAUUUUUGUCCCUGUUGGGGGUGGUGGUCUUAUCGCCGGUGUUGCUUCUUAUUACAAGCUAGUUUAUCCUAAAGUAAAGAUUAUUGGGGUGGAGCCAUAUGAUGCAAAUUCAAUGGCAUCUGCAUUAUAUAAUGAUCAAGUCGUACAAGUACAAGAUGUUGGAACUUUUGCUGAUGGUGUGGAUAUUAAACGAGUUGGGGAUGAGACUUUUCGAAUUAGUAGAGAACUCGUGGAUGGUAUAGUUCUUGUUGAUAAACACGAAAUGGCUGCCGCAAUCAAGGAAGUGUAUGAGGAUACAAAGAGCAUGUUGGAACCUGCAGGAGCUCUUGCCGUUGCCGGAGCAAAAGCAUAUUAUAAAUACAACAAUAUCAAAGGAGUAAAUGUCGUUGCAAUAACAAGUGGUGCAAAUAUGAACUUUGAUCAAUUAAGUAGCAUUGCUGGUAAAGUUGAUUCUGAGGCUACCUUUGCAUCUAUACUCCCAGAGAAACCUGGAUCCUUAAAAUCAGCAUUAUCUCACUUGGUGGGAUCAAGAAACAUUACAGAAAUUAAGUACAGACAUAACUCUGAAAAGGAUGCUAUUGUGUUUUAUAGUGUUUGGCUGAGUGAGAUUUCAGAACUUGAAGAUAUGAAGAAGCAGAUAGAAUCUUCAACAUUUGAAACUUUUGAUCUCACGAAUAAUGAAGUAUUCAAGGAUCACUUCCGUUACAUGGUGGGAGGUAGAUCAAACGUUCCAAAUGAAGUUUUCUAUCGUUUUACUCUCCCAGACAGGCCAGGAUCUCUAUCACAGUGCUUAGAUGCUUUAAGUCCACGUUGGGACAUUAGCUUAAUUCACUAUCGUCGACAGGGUACAAUUAGUGGAGAUGUAUUAAUUGGACUUCAGGUUCGUGAUUCAGAGAUGGAUGAAUUGAAUGAAAGUGCUAAGAAGCUUGGGUUUGAUUAUGCUGCUGUUUCUUAUAAUGAUCCUGCAUCCAAGCUCUUCACAAACAUUUAACUAAAACCAAUAUCAUAUCAUCAUCAUCAUCAUCAUCACCCUUGUGUGCUUCCUUCAAUUACCUUUCAUUUGGAUCUAUAAAGUCAUUUAAUUAUGUCAUUAAUUUUAAUUGUAGUUACAAUUUAUCCCAAGGAAGAGCAUAGUGUGUGUCUGACAAAAAAAAUAAGCUCUCUCUGUUUGGUCUUCUGAUGGAUAAAAUAAAAGGGCUGAUGAUGAGUUACUAUAAUAUAAUGCAUAUUUGUAUCGGAAAAUAUUAAUAUAUAUUUUCAUUAUCUA